AAUGAGUGACUAUCAAUUCGAUCGUGUCUCUUUUGCUUUCAUAUAUAGACCGCGUAUUAUUUUCCUCUUUUUUCCUUUUCUCCCAACUAAACAAAUGAGUGAAAAAACAUUUCAAAAGGGCGUAUCUGCACCCAAGGUCAAGUUGGAUGGCUCUGGUCUUCGUAUUGCUAUUGUUCAUACACGUUGGAACUAUGCUCUUGUUGACCAACUCUAUAACAAAGUCUAUCAAACCUUGAUUGAACGUUAUAACGUCAAGCCCGAAAAUAUUCAUACUGACACUGUUUCUGGUGCCUAUGAAUUGCCUAUGGCUGCCAAGCAAUUGAUUGACCUCUCUCAAGCUCAAGCUUCUCAAACUGCUAGUGACUUGCUCGGUUCUCCUGCUAUCGGUAGUAACACCAAGUCCAACGAUCGUAAGACAGGUCCCUUUGAUGCUGUUAUUUGUAUUGGUUUAGUUAUCAAGGGCGGAACUGCCCACUUUGAAUACAUUUGUGAUGCUGUCACUCAUGGCAUUAUGCGCGUCCAACUGGAUACAGGUGUUCCUGUCAUGUUUGGUGUCUUGACUUGUUACAAUGAUGAACAAGCUAUUGCCAGAUCCACUACUGAAGAGGGUUUCCAUCAUGCUGAAGAAUGGGCUGCUGCUGCUAUUGAAGCAGGCUUAAGAAAGUAUCAAAAACUGUAAGAUAUUUAUCUGUAUGUACAUGUGUUUUUUUCAAUAAGAAAUAAAGGAAUAUCAUGUCCUAGAACUGUAUACAAUAAAUCUGUAGAUCUUCUACUUUCUUUGAUUAUUAA